AUGGACAGUACCUGGAGUCUGCUGGUCCGUGCGUGUGGCCAGCAUCAGCAUCAGGAGCGCGCACCACGGCGACCCCCGGGAGCGUGCCUGUGUCAUCCUCCGAGGCCUGGUGCAGACGGGACUGUGGAUUCACCUGUGGGACGUGCGUGCACCUCAGGGCCCCUGGUGCAGCUGACGGGGGCCAGCUCAAGCUCUUCCGCCCGGGCCCGUCUCAGUAAAAGCAGCGACACACGCGCAGGAAGGAGGUUUGUUUUUGUCCUGCUCUAA